GAUGGAAAAGAAAGAAAAAAAGUGAAGCAUAAUGAGAAAGGAAAGAGUGGAACAGUGAUGGUUGGGAAGAGAAGGGGUGGCGGUGAUGGUGUGGGGAGAGAGGUGAUGGAUGGUUGUAAGAGAGGUGUGAGGGUAACAUUGGUUGUCGGCAAUAAUGGAGGCGAGGGUGAAGGCUUAGCUGCUGUGUGUGCUUCCUUCCAAAGACUGCCAAUUUCCAUUUUCCAGUGUAGGGUCGGCGGCGGUCGUUGGUUUCUGGCUGUUCGAUUAUGA